CCCGGCCCCGCCGCCCCCCAGACCCCCGGGACCCGCUCGCAUCGGCUACUACGAGAUCGAGCGCACCAUCGGCAAGGGCAACUUCGCCGUCGUGAAGCUGGCCACGCACCUGGUGACCCGGGCCAAGGUUGCUAUAAAGAUAAUUGAUAAGACACAGCUGGAUGAAGAGAAUCUGAAGAAGAUAUUUAGAGAAGUUCAGAUCAUGAAGAUGCUCUGCCAUCCACAUAUCAUCAGGUUAUAUCAGGUUAUGGAGACAGAGAGGAUGAUUUAUCUAGUGACAGAGUAUGCUAGCGGAGGGGAAAUAUUUGAUCAUCUGGUGGCCCACGGGCGCAUGGCGGAGAAGGAAGCUCGGAGAAAGUUCAAGCAAAUCGUGGCUGCUGUCAACUUCUGUCACUGCCGUAACAUAGUCCACAGAGAUCUCAAAGCAGAAAAUCUUCUUCUGGAUGCUAACCUUAACAUCAAAAUAGCAGACUUUGGGUUCAGUAACAUCUUCACACCCGGCCAGCUGCUAAAAACGUGGUGUGGGAGUCCUCCCUAUGCUGCCCCGGAGCUCUUCGAGGGGAAGGAAUACGAUGGGCCCAAGGUUGACAUUUGGAGUCUCGGCGUGGUGCUGUACGUGUUGGUCUGUGGUGCUCUGCCCUUUGAUGGGAGCACGCUGCAGAAUCUGCGUGCCAGGGUGCUCAGCGGGAAGUUUCGCAUUCCAUUCUUCAUGUCCACAGAAUGUGAACAUCUGAUCCGCCACAUGCUGGUCUUGGACCCGAGUAAGCGGCUCUCGAUGGACCAGAUCUGCAAACACAAGUGGAUGAAGCUUGGGGAAGCCGAUGCAGAGUUUGAUAGGCUGAUAGCAGAGUGUCAGCACCUGAAGACAGAGAGGCAGAUGGAGCCACUGAACGAGGAUGUGUUGUUAGCAAUGGCAGAAAUGGGGCUGGACAAGGAACGCACAAUUCAGUCAUUAAGAGCUGAUGCUUAUGAUCACUACAGUGCAAUCUACAGCUUGCUCUGUGACCGUCUGAAGAGGCACAAGAAUCUGCGCAUUGCCCCGUCUCCAAGCAUGCCACGGACAGUCACCUUCCCCACCUCUGCUAACAUCCAGCAGACAGAACAGGCAGGCAAUACCAUGAACAUCAACGUGCCACAAGUCCAGCUCAUCAACCCUGAAAACCAGAUUGUGGAGACUGAUGGAACGAUGAACUUGGACAGCGAUGAAGGGGAAGAACCCUCACCUGAGGCUCUGGUCCGUUACCUCUCAAUGCGAAGGCACACGGUUGGAGUUGCUGACCCACGGACGGAGGUCAUGGAAGAUCUGCAGAAGCUCCUGCCUGGCUUCCCUCGUGUCACUCCUCAGGCUCCAUUCCUGCAGGUGACCCCAAAUGUGAACUUCAUGCACAAUGUGCUGCCUAGGCAGAACCUGCAGCCCACGGGUCAGCUGGAGUACAAGGAGCAGUCCCUGCUGCAGCCCCCCACUCUGCAGCUGUUGAAUGGCAUGGGCCCUCUGGGGCGGAGAGCAUCCGACGGUGGAGCCAACAUCCAGUUGCAUGCACAGCAACUGCUGAAACGGCCUCGAGGUCCAUCUCCACUCGUCACUAUGACUCCAGCCGUCCCAGCUGUCACUCCUGUGGACGAGGAGAGCUCUGAUGGGGAGCCAGAUCAGGAAGCUGUGCAGAGAUACUUGGCAAAUAGGUCAAAAAGGCACACUCUGGCAAUGACCAACCCUACAGCUGAAAUCCCUCCAGACUUGCAGAGGCAGCUAGGACAGCAGUCCUUCCGACCCCGGGCUUGGGCUCCACACCUGGUACCCGAUCAGCACCGUUCUAUUUACAAGGACUCCAAUACUCUGCACCUCCCCACCGAACGCUUCUCCCCGGUUCGGCGUUUCUCUGACGGUGCUGCCAGCAUCCAGGCUUUCAAAGCCCACCUGGAGAAGAUGGGCAAUAACAGUAGCAUCAAACAGCUUCAGCAGGAAUGUGAACAGCUUCAGAAGAUGUAUGGUGGGCACAUGGAUGAGAGGACACUGGAGAAGACACAGCAGCAACACAUGCUGUACCAGCAAGAGCAGCACCAUCAGAUUCUUCAUCAGCAGAUCCAGGACUGUAUCCGGCCACCUCAGCCUUCUCCACCCUUGCAAGCUCAAUGUGAAAACCAGCCAGCUCUGCUCACUCACCAGCUUCAGAGGUUACGGAUUCAGCCAUCCAGCCCGCCCCCAAAUCACCCCAAUAACCACCUCUUCAGGCAACCAAACAGCAGCCCACCUCCUGUGAGCAGCAGCGUGCUGCAGCCCCACGGUGCAGCCUCCCAGUCCCAGUUCCAAGGGAUGCCGUCCCACAACACGAUCUUCCCACAGUCUGGUAACUGUUCCCCUCCCCCAACCAUGGGGCUGACGUGUCUGGCCCUGCAGCAGCAGUCCCAGGCCCAGCAGGUCACCAUCCAAGUGCAGGAACCCGGCGACAUGGUCAGCAACAACCUCCUGCAAGGGGCCUCUGUGGCCGGGCAGGGCACCCACACACGGGCUAUGUCCAUCAGCCCCAGUGCCAACCAGAUCCAGAUGCAGCACCGCGCCAACCUGAUGGCCUCCCUCACCUAUGGCCACAGGCAGCUGUCCAAGCAGCUCAGCGCCGACAGCGCCGAGUCGCACAGUCUGAACGUGUACAGGAAUCCCCCCGCCAACUACGACCAGGUGCACUUACACCCCCACCUGUUCCCAGAGCAGCCUCGUGUUUCCCCCAGUAACUACAGCCCAUCAGGAGGAGUUGGGUUUCCUCCAGCUCAGCAAGCUCUCAAAGUCCCACAGCUUGACCAGUAUCCCAAUUUCCCUCAAAAUGCACAUCAGCAACAACAGCACUACACUGCAUCGGCACUACAGCAAGCACUGUUGUCCCCAACACCUCCUGACUACAGCCGACACCAGCAGGUACCGCACAUCCUCCAGGGACUCCUUUCUCCCCGUCACUCUCUCACGGGGCACACGGACAUGCGGCUGCCCCAGGCAGAAUUUGCACAGCUCAUCAAACGACGGCAGCAGCAGCAGCAGCAACAGCAGCAGCAGCAAGAGUUUCAAGAGUUGUUCAGGCACAUGAGUCAAGGGGAUGCUGGAAACAUGGGCACCAGCAUGGGACAGAGCCUGUCGGAGCGUCAGUCGUUGUCUUUGCCUUAUCAGAGUGCUGACACCUAUCAUCCACAGAGCAGCCCCCAGCAUCUCCUAAAAAUCAGGGCUCAAGAAUGUAUCCAGCAGGUACCUGCAUCAGUGCCACCGCAUGGAUACGUACACCAGCCAGCUCUGUUCCACUCGGAGAGCAUGGAGGAGGACUGUGCGUGCGAGGGCGCCAGGGACAGCUUUCCAGACAGUAAGAAUUCAAACACAUUGACCAAAGGCUGCCACGAGACCCCUCUGCUUGUAAAUGCAGGAGGGCACGGGGACCCAGAAUCUUUGCUAGGAACUGCUAAUCACGUUCAGGAGCUGGGGACGCAUCAAUACAGGCAUCAGCCCGCUGCUGGAUUCAGUAGGAAUAAGGUGCCCAGCAGAGAGUCCGUCGUAGGGAACUGUAUGGACAGGAGCUCCCCAGGCCAAGCCAUGCAGGUGCCUGACCACAACGGGCUGGGAUACCCAGCACGGCCGGCGUCCAGUGAGCACCCGCGGCCCCGCACCCUGCAGAGACAUCACACCAUCCAGAACAGUGAUGAUGCCUAUGUGCAGUUAGAUAACCUGCCUGGGAUGAGUUUAAUGGCAGGAAAAGCGCUCAGCUCUGCUCGGAUGUCUGAUGCCGUCCUCAGCCAGUCAUCGCUCAUGGCCAGCCAGCAGCUGCGUGACAGGGAGAGUGAGGAAUGUGGGGAAAGUUUGGAAGCUCAAGAGCAUCCCAACCUAGGUGAUGGCAACCAGCAUCUAAACACCUCUUGUUACCCAUCGACAUGUAUCACAGAUGUCCUACUGAGCUACAAGCACCCAGAGGUGCCCUUUGGGAUGGAGCAGGCAGGGGUGUAAGCAGGAAGGAGUUUUAUGUACAGCUUUGAAAUGAAAAGGUCCAUUUUAAACCAACAGUAUCUAGCAGCAUUGCGCCAAAUUGCCGUAGUAUUUCUGACUAACUGGAAUACCAUGGCCCCCUUUCCUCAUAAUCACUUCAUCCAGUGUGUUGUUCCUUCAGUUUCUUUAAUUUUUUUUUUUUCUU